UGCGUUCAACGCAACGGAAGUUGCCAGGUUGGCGAUUAUUCAAUCAGAAAUGUGCGAUAACUACACCCCUUGCGGAAAACCGAUACUUGGUACAUCCAGUUGGAAGAAUCAGACCUUUGUCAAUGGGUCGACGUUAAAUUUGUCUCAACAAAAAACGUGCUGCGAAAAGUGCUCAUGUGAUGCAUCUUCUUGCGCCAUGAAGGGAACGUGUUGCCCCGAUAUUUUGGACAAAGUUGACAUGGCUGAUAUGAACUUCUUAUCAUGUGAGGCGGCACAGAUGCGAAAAAAAGAUUGGCCUGGAAAAAACUACUACUACAUGCGCACAAAAUGUCAUCCCAACUAUGAGAAAUCUAAUCCGAGCUCCGAAGUGAUUACAUUGUGCAUAAACAGACCGGAAAACAAGUUGGAGUCAAAUGUUCCAGUUCUUGACACACGCACCAAUGUCACAUACGCCAACAAAUAUUGUGCGCAAUGUAAUAUUGCGACCGACCACGAUGGAACCUUUUCAAACAUAGUUGGUGAUUUAGUUGUUUGGGAUUCUAUCUUACAAUGCCAACAUUCCAACGAAGCAAUUGCAAUUUUCGAAGCAUAUGAUCAGGACAGUUUUAUUAAAGCCAUCUUGCAGUCGACAUCUUGCAACGUGAUAUACACACCCAAACCUGGCAUAAUAGGGCACGAAACUGCUUGCCGUGUUCCGCAAAUCGCCAAAUGCAACGAUACUGGUGAUAUUGUUAAAUAUGAUCCACUAAUAAAAAAGGCAUGCGAUGGAUUUACGUCUAUUUUUUACAGAGAGUUUAAGAAUGUUUUCUGUUUUCUGUGCAAUACAAACACUAUAUAUUAUCCUACUUGUCCUCUCUUCCCCUCAAUAAUUUUUUGGGGAACGAGCCAGUUGUUUCCCGAGUUUUCUACGUUGUUGGCGUUCAACACAGAGACAGACGAACCCACACCUAAUGCGCUCCAGUCACCAGGAUGCUCGUCUGGACAAGUGUACGACAAAUAUGAGAAAACCUGUCGGGGCAUAUUCUGCCGAUUCCCGAAACGAUUAAAUGGCAGUUCAUGUGCAAACGCGGUGGAAACAAUUGGCGGCGUGUCCUACGUAGCGUAUCUAAAACUUACACCCAAAACAGCACUGCAUAACGAUCGUAUUGACCAAUUGGUGAUGUUGCUUCAAAACAAGAUAGAAGAAAUGCUUCACCACUGGGAACUCUAUGGAGCAGUGUACAGUUUUACAAUACUGUAUAACUUAAACGAAAACAAUACCGAGUCAACAACAAAUGAUAUACCAACAUUUCCAUCUGAUAAGCCUCAUUUUCUAUCCGAUCUAACUACACCUCCUCAUAUUGCACCUUCGUCUCCAUCCGAUGUACCUCAAUAUCCAACCGAUACUCCAAUAUUUGAACCUGGUGACCCCACAUUUACACCUGGUGGUAGGGUAAAGUCAGAAACUAUUGAUUAUUUCCUUGUGAGAAUUAAAAUAAAGUUACAGACUAGGAUGUUCAGACCAAAGUUUAGCGUUACCUCCUUGGAUAAGGCCCUUGAGUAUGACGAAACAAGCGUCAUUCUAAUAUCGAAUACUGAGAAUAUAACAUUUUAUCUUGAAUUCGUAGAUUUCUUCAGUUCAGAUGCUUCAAAUAGGUUCAACGUCAUUAUGUUUGAUCCAGUUUCUAACAAAGUCUUGAGUCAAGUUGUUACUACAUUUGAUGAUCUAUUAAGCGAAGUGGACGUCGACAAUACAAUCGAUACUAUCCUCACCGCUAGAUUUAAAUGCCCACUAAUAAGUUUAAAUUUAACGGAAAUACAUCCAAUCGGAAAUAAUUCAUUUCGACUGAAAAACGGUGCAGUGAUUGACAGAAAAUACGUUAAUUACGGACGAAACCAGAAAACUUACAAUCUUCAAACGUUCGAAAUAUGUUGGAAUAUUUAUCAAAAUUCUUACAACGAUAGCAAUGAUCGACUGACUAAGUACACAGCAGAUAAAAAAACAGUGACUGCGACAGGCAUAUUGAGUCUUGUAUGCAUGAUAAUAUCUGUCACGUGUCUGUUGAUUACAUUGAUGACAUAUUGCUUGUUCCAGGAGCUACGCACACAGCCUGGUAUUAAUAACAUGGGGCUAGUGACCAGCCUGAUAGUCGCGCAGGUUUUAUUUCAGUUUGGCAAGGGACAACAUCAAUAUGUACCUUCAUGGACAUGUGAGCUCAUUGGAGCUCUUAUUCAUUUCUUCUGGCUUCUAGUAAUCUUCUGGAUGAACGUCUGUUGUUGGCAUAUGUUCUGCGUAUUCAAUCGCUUAAGCGUUCAGUCAUCCAAACAAAGUCCUGUUUGGAAAACCUUCAUAUACACUAUAUACACCUUUAUUGGAUCGCUGCUAUGUGUAGCAAUCAACAUAAUCGUGGUCGUCGUGGAUACAGACAAUGAGAAAGUAGGCUAUGGAGACGGAACUUGUUAUAUUUCUAGGCCGGAAAUGGUGGGAUAUACGUUCGCGUUACCAGUUUUUAUUAUACUUGUAGCGAACAUUGCCAUGUUUUGCGUAGUGAUUUUGAAGGUUAAAAGGACUACUUCCCAUGUAAUUACAUCAGCCAAAUCAAAUGUCAAUUACGUAACAAUAUUUGCAAAGCUUGCUACGCUGGUCGGUCUAUCAUGGAUUUUCGGAUUCAUCUACACAUAUACGGGAAAAGAAGUGUUUGAAUAUUUGUUUAUCAUAUUAUCAAAUGGACAAGGCGUGUUUAUAUUCAUGGCUUUUAUUUGCAGAAAACGUGUAUAUCAUUUAUACAAAGAAAAAUUAUAUAACCGGACUUUAAAAAAUAAACGAACACAACUUUCGUCAAACUCAAGGACCCCGACGACCAGCAUAUAGAUGAAACUGUAAUUAGUAUUAACGCACUAUAUCAGAAUUGCAACUCUUUAUGCAAAAAGGUGUAUGUUUACACUUAUAUCUAUAAAAACAAAUAUGAUUAUUAGGUAGGUAAACUUUUAUUUUAAGUUCAACAACAUUUCAUUUAUUUAUUUCUAUAAAAAAGAUAUGCAAAUACAUGCCAAAAGCCUCCAUAACACUAUUUAACAUGCUUUUCUGAGCUAACUUUUUGACAAAUUAAUAUUGCAAAUUCGAUCAACAGAACAUUUAAUGACUAUUAUCUAGUUAGUAAAAUGAUCGAAACAAAAAAAAGAGCCUGGAAUACCGAAAUAGUGUUUAAGGUUUACACAAAAAUGUUCCGUCGUUUUAAUGAAAUCAACUGUUUACGCCAUAUGUGUCGUUCGUUACAUUCUUCAGUCUAUCAUACCUACGUUUAAAUAGUUUUCCCCAUAUUAUACUGCAUUUACUGCUGAUGAACAGUGUGGCUUUUCAGUCCUAGUAACAUAUUUAUAUCCAUCUUUGCAGAUGAUAAGACGUGUGUUAAAGUGACUCAGUUGAGUGUUAUAAUAUCACCUCGUUUUGUACACUAACAUGUUUCUUAUAUUACGACUUCUUUUCGUAUAAUGCCAUGCUUGUUAUAUAUCACUUCAAUUUGUAUAAUGCCAUGUUUUUAUAGCCUCACUUUUAUUUACAUAAUGCCAUGCUUUGUAUAGUAUCAAUUGUAUUUGCAUAUUAUCACAUUUAUAAUAUCACUUUCAUUUGUAUAAUGCCAUGUUUGUUAUGUAUCACUUCUAUUUGUAAACAGCAAUUUGUACAAAUAAACACGACGAUAUAAAACUGCACAUGUGGCAUGUGUGAUCAAUUGAAAUUACAUUGUAUUCAUUUCUUUAAACGUCAUUCUUUUGUUUUGUGGAUCAUACUACUAAUUUAAGUAAUUUUAUGCCUAAGAACGAAUUAGUUUGAAUGGGAUACUGGAGUCACAAUGUUUGUUGGUAUAACGGCUGACUGGUCCGUUGGUAGGAUGGUUGUAUGGUUGAUUGGUUGUUAAGUUGGUUAUUUAAUUGGU